GUUCACACUAAGCAAUGACGUGGCCUUUUGUUAAAUCUCAUAUUCUGCUCCAUAACUCAAUUAACCCAAUUUAACUGCUAUACAAAGCUGGGAUAAAGAGGAGGGAUACUGAUCACCAGUGGCUUAAGAACCACCAUAUGUCAAAUACUUCAAGAAGGACCUCAACCAUCAAGCUUUCUGAAAUAUCCUUUAAAGAUUUAAAAGGGAAAAUCCUAAGGUUGGAAUGAAGAAAAACACUGCUAUGUGCUACAAUAUGAACUUCAGUACAGAGGAGAGAGGAAAACCCAACACACAGGACUACAGAGUGUACUUUAAAACCUCAGAUGGAAAAUAUAUAUCUCCAUUCCAUGACAUUCCCCUUUAUGCAAAUGAAGCCAGGAACAUCUUCAAUGCAGUUGUUGAGGUACCCAGAUGGACAAAUGCAAAGAUGGAGAUUGCAACGAAAGAACCAUUGAACCCUCUGAAGCAGGAUGUGAAGAAGGGAAAUCUGCGUUAUGUGUGUAAUGUAUUCCCACAUAAAGGCUAUAUAUGGAACUACGGUGCUUUCCCUCAGACAUGGGAGGAUCCAGGACACACAGACGGAGACACAAAAUGCUGCGGAGACAAUGACCCCAUUGAUAUGUGUGACAUCGGGAACAAGGUCUGUUCACGUGGGGAAAUCAUAAGGGUGAAAGUGUUGGGAAUCCUGGCGCUGAUAGAUGAAGGAGAAACAGAUUGGAAAGUGAUGGUGAUUAAUGUUGAGGAUCCUGAGGCAGCAGACUUUAAUGAUAUUGAGGAUGUAAGGAGGCUUAAGCCGGGAUACCUGGAAUCGACGGUGGACUGGUUCAGAAUGUACAAAGUUCCAGAUGGGAAACCUGAGAACCAGUUUGCAUUCAAUGGCGAAUUCAAGAACAGGGACUUUGCCAUUAAGACCAUAAAAGAUACACAUGAACAUUGGAAGGCACUGAUACUGAGCAAGACUGAAGCAAAGGAACUUAACUGGUAUGGGAGUGAACAAUCACACUGUACUAAUUUACAAUUACAUGUUAUCUAAUAUCAUUGCAUUAUUAAAUUAAUUAGUUUGAAUAAGGCAAAAAUUGGAAAUGAAAUAGCAGAGUAGAAACACCAGAUACUGCAGAGUUAGUGAUUUGAGUAUAUAUCUGAAAUUUUAUUCUAUACUGCAUAGUCUGAAAUAUCGCUAUAUAACUGUAUACUGGAUUGUUAAAUGUAUUGUAUGUAUUGUAUAAAUGUAUUGAAGCGCCACGGCUUAGUGGUUAGCAUGUUUGCCUUCGUGCUUUCCUGGUGCUUCAGGAGUUUCCUGAGUCCAAAAUCUUUGAUUGGUAGGUUGAUUGGUACCUCUAAAUUGUCAGUAAAGUGUUAAUUGGUGUGUGUGUGUGUGUGUGUGUGUGUGUGUGUGUGUGUG